AACUGCGAGGAGAAAAUGCAAUGCUCAAACAUAAUCUCAGCGGCAGCCAUUCCCCCCAGAAAGCUCAAAGUUUGGGACUCGUACUCACAGUUAUCAAUUGAUCAAAGACAAACCCUUACUCCGACUAACUUUUCAGACACUGACUUCAAGCUUCCACUGCCGUCCCACGUUACCUCCAUAACCAGCACCUCAAACCCAUUCGUCAAACAUUGCCACAAGCUCCGCCACAGUUCAUCUUAUCGCCACAGCCAUGGUUCAGCUCUCGUUGUAGGUGCCACACCUAUCAGGGAAAUAUGCAGGUUUCAAAAGUCAUCACAAGAGAAAACUGUUAUAAUAGAUUGUUUGCUUCUACUUGAUAAAGCUGAGGCCCCUGAAUGGAUUAAUGAAUUCUCUCUUCGUAUUGUGCAAGUGAGCUCUGUUGUGAUGAAAAAACUUUCAGGGAUGCAAUCAACUGAAUCCAUUGAAGCAAUUGCUCUAAUGAGAAUUCCUACUAGUUUCUCAGACAUAGAUGCUGAACAAAAGGAGGUAAACUGUAAGAUGUGGUUCCCAUCUCCCCAUCGAGUUGUAGUCCUUGAUGGCGUCCAGGAUCCGGGUAACCUUGGUACGCUGCUCAGAUCAGCUAUGGCCUUUGGAUGGAAUGGUGCUUUUCUACUUCCUGGAUGCUGUGAUCCAUUCAAUGAGAAGGCACUUCGAGCCAGCCGAGGAGCCUCAUUUCAGCUCCCUAUUGUUUCUGGUACAUGGAAUCAUCUUCAAUCCUUGAAAAACGAAUUCCAACUAAAGCUGCUAGCUGGCCAUCCGGGAACUGAAGAAAAAUCGAAGCCAGUGUCACUCCUUUCUCAAAAGCUUGCAGAUUCAUUCGCAAAUAUGCCAGUGAGCUUGGUUUUGGGCAGUGAAGGACGUGGGCUGUCUGAGAAAUCUCGUCGGCUCUGUGAGCUUGUAAGCAUUCCAAUGGCAGGGGAAUUUGAGUCGCUCAAUGUUUCAGUUGCCGGCGGAAUUUUCUUGUAUGUGUUACAGCCUAAAAACCAUACAACUUUGUGAUUCCAUAAACUUCAUGAUGGUCAAUAUCUGUGCACGUCUCUCUUUGUGAAGGUUCUGUAUAUAGAGCUGCCUGCGGUUUUCAAUUUA